UAUACCAGAAUGCCCUCUUCUCUCUAACUCAUUCUUAAACCCUACCAUCUAUCUCUAACAAGUUAACGAUCCCCAACAAAGUUUUCUGUAACAACCUUAAUAAUCAACCUUAAAACCAACUACAGUUACAAGGUGGUCAGAAGAGCUAAAGGACAUGGUUGUCGCAACCAUGGCCUGGCUCUCUGGAGCAACCAAGAGCCUCCAUUAUCGCCAACUCUUCGCUCACCGCCACCACCAAAAAUCAACCUCGUCUUCCACCCUCGGAAUCCUCACAUUCGACGUCGCUAAGACUAUGUCUCGCCUUGUCUGUCUCUACAAAUCUCUCUCCGAUGAUCAACUCUUAAAGCUCCGAAAAGAGAUCAUGAGGUCUAAAGGUGUAGCCUACUUGAACUCCAAAGACGAAGGCUUUCUUCUCAACCUCGCUUGUUCCGAGCGGCUCGAGGAUCUCAAUCAAGCUGCCAUCGCCGUCGCUCGGUUUGGCCAGAAGUGUUCCGAUUUGGGACUCAAUCGCUUCGACCUCAUUUACUCCGACUUAAAACUCGGGGUCAUCGACCUGGGAAAACUCGAAUACAACACGAAACACGUCCUUAAAAUCGUCGAAAGAAUGGAGAAAUCCAUUUCCGCCACCGCCAAUCUACACGCAGCGUUGGAAUCUUUAGCCGAAUUGGAAGCAUCGGAGCGAAAAAUAGAGCGGUGGAAAAACACUAUCGGUCCCAAACAGAUUUCGAACUUGGAAUACAUAAAGCAGAAAAUCGCAGUUCAGAGAAAACAAGUGCAACACUACAGAGAAACCUCGCUGUGGUAUAAAGGCUUCGACAAAAGCGUCGGACACAUGGCUCGAAUCGUUUGCGUCAUCUACGCUCGAAUCUGCUCCGCUUUCGAACCCUACAUUUCGGAUCUACCAUUUUUCUCCAACAACAGCAACCUACGCCCUGUUUCAAAUCAUAACAAAAGGCAAAACUUUUGGAUUCGCCAAGACAAUGAAAGCGAAUAUGAAGACACAGACAAGAACGAAAAGUCGAAUUCGAAAUCAGGCCCAGUACCGAAUAACAAUAAAAGGUUUAUAGUCAGGUUCUUGAGUCACGAACUGAACCCAUCUUCACAGGACCGUGAUAUCGAGUCCACGACAACCCAACGAAACCGCGGAGCGAUGAUGACGAAUUACAACAAUCACGUGUUCGCGUUGGCGCCACCGCACACGGUGGGUGGUUCGGGGCUGUCGCUGCGGUACGCGAAUGUGAUAAUAUGUGCGGAGCAGUGUUUGUACGCGCCGGCUACGAUAGGAGAGGAGGCGCGUGAGGCAUUGUACGAGAUGUUACCGGCGAGGCUUAAGGGGACAGUGAGAGCGAAGCUGAAGAGCAAUCGGUUGAAAAGGGACGAUGAGGAUUGCGAUGGGCACUCGCUCGCAGAAGGAUGGAGGGACGCGUUGGAAGAGAUCAUGGGGUGGCUGGGGCCUUUGGCUCAUGACACGAUUACGUGGCAGGCGGAGAGGAACAUGGAGAGGCAGAAGUUCGAUUCGAAGCCGAGAGUGUUGUUGUUGCAGACACUGCAUUACUCAGAUUUGGAGAAGACGGAGGCCGCCAUUGUUGAGGUUUUGGUGGGGUUGAGUUGUAUAUAUAGGUUCGAGAAUCGAUGCUUGCCUGGUAGUUCUGCUACUGUUCAGUAUAUAUGAACAUCGCUGUUCUUUUUA